AUGGCUGGCUACUUGCCAUUUGAUGAACCCAACCUCAUGGCUUUGUACAGAAGGAGAAUUACAAUUCCUAAAAUUCUGGAAAAUGAUUGGUUCAAGAAAGAUUACAAACCACCUCAGUUUGAGCAGGAAGAGGGUGUUAAUCUUGAAGAUGUUGAUGCUGUCUUCAACGACUCUGACGAACAUCUUGUAACAGAAAGAAAAGAGAAACCAGUGUCCAUGAAUGCCUUUGAGCUUAUUUUUAGGUCUCAGGGUUUUAGCCUUGAAAAUCUGUUCGACAAACAGAUGGGUCAUGUAAAGAAGGAAACAUCCUUGACAUCCAAGUGCAGAGUUAUGCGGACGUGCAGACGAACAGGACACCGAACUUGGAACGAUGUGGGCUGA